ACAUCGUGCAACAAAAUGAUUGGUGUGCUGCUGGUCUUUUUCCCUGCUCUGCUCCUGGAGAUGGACGUGCUGCCCAGGAGUGGUGGUCGGAAGGUUCUUCUCUCUGCAGCCUCCUCACAGCGGUCGGUGGCUCGGAUGGACGGGGAUGUCAUCAUCGGGGCCCUCUUCUCUGUCCAUCACCAGCCGCCAGCCGAGAAAGUGCCCGAGAGGAAGUGCGGGGAAAUCCGGGAGCAAUACGGCAUCCAGAGAGUCGAAGCCAUGUUUCACACUUUGGAUAAAAUUAACGCAGACCCGGUCCUGCUGCCUAACAUCACCCUGGGCAGCGAGAUCCGAGACUCCUGCUGGCACUCCUCCGUGGCCCUGGAGCAGAGCAUCGAGUUCAUACGGGACUCCCUCAUCUCCAUCAGGGACGACAGGGACGGAGGCACCCGCUGCAUUUCCGAGUCGCAGACCCAGCCCCAGAGCAGGGUGAAAAAGCCCAUCGCGGGGGUCAUCGGCCCCGGCUCCAGCUCGGUUGCUAUCCAAGUCCAAAACCUGCUCCAGCUCUUUGACAUCCCCCAGAUCGCUUACUCUGCCACCAGCAUCGACCUGAGCGACAAAACGCUGUACAAGUACUUCCUCAGGGUGGUCCCCUCCGACACGCUGCAAGCCAGGGCCAUGCUCGACAUCGUCAAGCGCUACAACUGGACCUACGUGUCCGCCGUGCACACGGAAGGAAAUUAUGGGGAAAGUGGAAUGGAAGCCUUCAAAGAGUUGGCUGCCCAGGAGGGUCUCUGCAUUGCUCACUCUGACAAGAUCUACAGCAACGCCGGCGAGAAGAGCUUUGAUCGCCUGCUCCGCAAGCUGCGAGAGAGGCUACCCAAGGCUCGAGUGGUGGUUUGCUUCUGCGAGGGAAUGACCGUGAGGGGCAUCCUCAUCGCCAUGCGGCGCCUGGGGGUGCUUGGGGAGUUCCUGCUAAUUGGAAGCGAUGGUUGGGCAGACAGAGAUGAAGUCAUUGAAGGUUAUGAACCCGAAGCGAAUGGAGGCAUUACUAUCAAGCUGCAGUCUCCCGAGGUGCUGGCCUUUGAUGACUACUACCUGAAGCUGCGUCUGGACACCAACACCCGCAACCCCUGGUUUCCAGAGUUCUGGCAGCACAGAUUUCAGUGCCGCAUUCCAGGGCACCCACUGGAGAAUCCCAACUUCCAGAAGAAUUGCACUGGCAAUGAGAGCUUAGAAGAAAAUUAUGUUCAGGACAGUAAAAUGGGAUUUGUCAUCAAUGCAAUAUAUGCUAUGGCUUAUGGGCUACAAAAUAUGCAUCAUUCCCUUUGCCCCGGACACGUUGGACUGUGUGAUGCUAUGAAGCCAAUUGAUGGCAGCAAGCUCUUGGAGUUCCUCCUCAAAUCCUCAUUCAUUGGUGUUUCUGGAGAAGAAGUUUGGUUUGAUGAAAAGGGAGAUGCCCCUGGAAGAUAUGACAUCAUGAACCUCCAGUACAUAGAGCCCAACCGCUACGACUACGUCCUCAUCGGGACCUGGCACGAGGGCGUGCUCAACAUUGACGAUUACAGGAUUCAGAUGAACAAGAGUGGAAUGGUGCGAUCCGUGUGCAGCGAGCCUUGCCUGAAGGGCCAGAUUAAGGUGAUCAGGAAAGGAGAAGUGAGCUGCUGCUGGAUUUGCACUGCUUGCAAAGAGAAUGAAUUUGUUCAGGAUGAAUUCACGUGUAAAGCCUGUGAGCUUGGCUGGUGGCCAAAUGCUGACCUGACAGGCUGCGAACCCAUCCCUGUAAAGUACCUCCAGUGGAGCAAUAUAGAGUCUAUUGUGGCUGUGGUCUUUUCCUGCCUGGGGAUCCUGGUCACCAUGUUUGUCACCCUUAUCUUUGUGCUCUACAGAGACACCCCCGUUGUCAAGUCCUCCAGCCGUGAGCUCUGCUAUAUUAUCCUGGCUGGCAUCUUUCUGGGUUACGUCUGCCCUUUCACCCUUAUAGCUAAACCCACCACGACAUCCUGCUACCUCCAGCGCCUCCUGGUGGGCCUCUCCUCGGCCAUGUGCUAUUCUGCCCUGGUGACCAAAACCAACCGCAUCGCGCGCAUCCUGGCUGGCAGCAAGAAGAAGAUCUGCACCCGCAAGCCCCGCUUCAUGAGCGCCUGGGCACAGGUGGUCAUCGCCUCCAUUCUGAUCAGCGUGCAGCUGACACUGGUGAUCACGCUCAUCAUCCUGGAGCCCCCCAUGCCCAUCCUCUCCUACCCCAGCAUUAAGGAGGUUUACCUUAUCUGCAACACCAGCAACCUGGGCGUCGUGGCUCCUGUGGGCUACAACGGACUCCUCAUCAUGAGCUGCACAUACUAUGCCUUCAAGACUCGCAAUGUGCCCGCCAAUUUCAAUGAGGCCAAGUACAUUGCGUUCACCAUGUACACCACUUGUAUCAUCUGGCUGGCCUUCGUGCCCAUCUAUUUCGGGAGCAACUACAAGAUCAUCACCACCUGCUUCGCAGUGAGCCUGAGUGUGACAGUGGCUCUGGGGUGCAUGUUCACCCCUAAGAUGUACAUCAUUAUAGCCAAGCCUGAGAGGAACGUCCGCAGUGCCUUCACCACCUCAGACGUGGUGCGUAUGCAUGUCGGGGAUGGCAAGGCACCUUGCAAGUCCAACACUUUCCUCAACAUAUUCCGGAGAAAGAAGCCAGGGGCUGGAAAUCCAAAUUCUAAUGGAAAGUCUGUGUCAUGGUCUGAACCAGGUGGAAGACAAGAUCCAAAGGGGGAACAUACGUGGCACAGACUCUCAGUGCAUGUGAAGAACCAGGAGACAGGGUGCAAUCAGACAGCGGUGAUCAAACCCCUCACUAAGGACUACCACGGCCAAAGCCUGACUUUUACCGACAUCAGCAGUAAGACUCUGUACAAUGUGGUGGAGGAAGGAGAUAGAGAGCCCGUUCACCUCAACCAGUCCAGCAGUCCUUCCAUGGUGGUGCACAGGCGGGUGGCGACGACCCCCCCGCUGCAGGCCACGGCGGAGGAAACCCAACUCUUCUUGCCUGAGCAGUCCCCCAAGACCCUGCCCCUGCAGCCACAGACUCUCAUGGACCAGCUGCAAGGAGUGGUCAACAAGUUUGCCACCGGCAUCCCCGACUUCAGCGCUGUCCUCCCCACUCCUGGCUCAGGGAACGGCGUGCGGCCCCCCUGCCCACCCCCGCCACCGCAGCAGCCGCCCCUGCAGCCCUUCCAGGUGGCUGCCUUCAGCGAGGAGCCCCUGUCUCCCCCAGCUGAGGAAGCAGAGAGUGAGAAGGUGAAGCUCAUUCAGGGAUAUGUGUAUGAAAAGAGCACAGAGGACGAGGACGAGGAGCCGGCAACCAGCAAACUGACCCUAGAAGACUCUCCGGCACUGACGCCUCCGUCCCCUUUCCGGGAUUCCGUGGCUUCGGGCAGCUCCGUGCCCAGCUCCCCUGUGUCUGAGUCGGUGCUCUGCACACCCCCAGAUGUGACCUAUGCCUCUGUCAUCCUGAGGGAUUAUAAGCAAAGCUCGUCCACCCUGUAGAUGCUGCAAGAGACAAGACGGGAAGGACUUUGGCAGCUGCCCCCUGGGAGGAUUUGCAGAGACAAGUCUCCCAGGGCUAUGAGAGAGAGAGCAGAGAACAAAGUGACAAAAUGACAGGGCAAAAAUUUCAUCCUGCACUUAAAUAACUGAAAUGAAACAAAAGGAAAAUAAAAAAUCCAUUCUGAGGGCUCAAGAUUCUCUAUCUGUUAAAAAUAAAAAUAUCGUACUUUGGAAAAUGUUAGGAAACCAUAGCAAAGCACAAACUAAAGGAACAACUUCUAUAGCAAAAAAAAAAAAAAAAAAAAGAACAAACAUGCAGGAAAAAAUAUAAUCACAGUCACACCCUCUCUUGGCAAUGCUUGAAAAGGACUCUGGGAAGUGUGACCUGGAGAAGUCCCUAGCACACCUCAUGACUGCUGUCUGCUAUGGGAGUAACACACCCAGGAGGUGGAAGGGCGAAGUGUGGUGCAGGGGAACAAAGCUACGUGUAUAUGAGACAUGUAUGCAUAAAUAUUUUUUCCUGAUUUCUACAGGUGGCAUAAUUGUGGACCUUUGUUUUGGGGAGAGGAGAUGAUGUGAAAGCACAUGGCUCUUGCUGACUCCUAUCUGAAUGAUUUGUUCUUCAUACUAGGCUGCUUUUUUGGGGGAUAUGGGCUUCUUUUAAUGCUGAUUGUGAACAGAGCAAGAAAUAUGAUCACGUUAAGACUCAAGAGGUUUCUGAAGAAAGCCUUGCCAUAGUACUUGUAAUAUGAUAAGGACUUAGAAAAACUGCCCUUUUGUAUAAGGUUGCAAACUACGUGGCUAAACUGUUACACAACAUUUCCUGUAGCAGAACAAUAUUUAUUGACUAUCUUUUCAUAAAACGACCUAUUUCGCCAUGCCAUUGCAUCAUUCCUUUGUGUUACUUGGGAAUCAAAAGCAUUGAGAGAUAGCUGUUGACUUAGAGCAAGUCCUACUAGUCUGGAGGAAAGGCAAUUCCGCACUGGGGGACACGGAGCCCCAAGGCAAGAGAGUGAGCGAACGUUUGUGUAUCUGUGUGCGUGCGUACGGUAUGUGUGAAGGGUAAUGCCCAACAACUACAACUGGAAGAUUGUCUUAUAUACUAUGAAUAUUUUUAUGUUUAAAUCAUGUUUUUAUAUUGCGUUGUUACAAAUAUUCGAUAGAUCUUUGAAGGUUUGUAUGUUGUGCUAACACAUCCUUUUUUUCAUAUAAAAGCUGAGACAGUCGUUACCCUUAUAACAGGGUGCUUUGUUUUGCAGAUAUUUUAUGAAGUAGAAAUAUGAUAUUAAUAACCAGUGCAUUGAGAACUUGUUAUUUUACAUGUUUUGCUGCAAGUGUGGUUAACAAAAAAAAAAAAAAAAGGAAAAAAAAAGAAGAAAAAAAAAGUCUGUUUUAAAAAUCUUGCAGGUGAGAGACAAGGAAAGUAAUUCAACUAUUUCACCGCUUCAGAUAACUUAAAAUAAAAUUGUGUCAGGACAGGAAAUUUCAUCAGUGCUUAAUGUGUGGAUAAAUUCCCAGGUCUUCCUAUUGACAGUUCUUUUAAACCCUUUAUGAUGUUUAGUUGCAUGUUCUUUCCUUAUGCUUUCACUACUUGCAUUUAAUAUACAAUAUAGCAUCUUAAAGGUCAUUUCCAGGUGGUUGUAAUUCUGUCAUUUAUUCCCCCUCCUCCUCUAUCUUUCAUGUGUUUCCUAGAGAUGGGCCUAAUCCAAAUCUCCCUAAUGACUGGCAUGAUAAAAGUCCAGGUCUAAUUGCUGUGGCUUGAACUUCAUUAUAAUGAUGGUUCUAAU